AUCAAUUCCUCUUGUUCAGCUCACAAUCAACUGCCAUGAAGACUUUCGCUCUGCUCUCCGCCGUCCUCGCCGUCGCCCUGAGCGUACAGGCCGCUCCUCAACCCACGUCAGUCCCGCUCAUUCGACGUAACAAUGCCCUCUCACCUCGCCAGGGAGGCGAUGCUUCAGCCCUCCUCUCCUCUGUUCGCGCAUCGCCUGACGCCUUCAUGUCGUCCGUCACCGCCUCGGACAAGACCACCGCCUUCUCGUCUGCCACCGGCUUCGCCUGCAAGGGCCUCCAGCGAGGCAACGAUCGCUGCUGCGAGACUGGGAUAUUAGUCAACGGUCGAUGCUUUGUAGUGCCCGGCGCAGAAGGCCUCAACUUCUAUGGCAACACCGAUGACUAUGUGCCCGGAGAGGAUGACGACAACGAUAGCAGCUCAUCAUCAUCAGCAGCAGCACCUUCCAGCACGGGCGGAAGCAGCAGUAGCAGCAGCAGCAGCGGUGCUACGCCCACGCAAGCAUCGUCGUCUGCAUCCUCAGCAGCAGCAGCUGCUGCUCCGACGGCUUCAUCCCAGAGCGGAGGGUCCAACGCCGCCAUUAUCCUCGAUACUAAUGUCGGUCUCAUGGUAGCCUCCUUCCUCGGCCUCGCCGUGGUCUUGUAGGCCAGCUUAGGCAGUCCAUACGAACCGUCUUCUUGCUUCUAAAAAGUCACAGAUGCCAUGAAUAAUGGUUCUGAGGUCUUGUGUGACAGAUCGCGGUGAGAGAUCGACUCUGAAGGUGGCGCUCUUGUGUGCUAAAAGAUGUGCCAGUCGGUCGUUGCGUGACUGU